CCACAUACCCUUCUCUGCGACUCGAGGUCGCUCCUUGCUUGAUUUGGCGCUACUGCCUGAUGAUUGUCAUCAGUUGCUCCGGUCUUAUGGUCAGGAGGUUCUUCCGGGUGUUUCUGAUCAUGAUUUGAUUCAGUUCUCCUUCAGUAUGCCAAAGGUAGACAAGUCAAACCGUUACCGUUUUAUGAGAGAUCUCAAGCGAGUUGACACUGAUUCCCUACUUCGGGCAGCUGCUGAUAUAGAUUGGCAGUCUGUUAAUCUCUUGCCGUCGGUCAAUGAUCGGGCCGAGUUGCUGAGUGGUCUCUUGGGCUCUUUGUUUGAGUCCCAUGUUCCCUUCAGAAGGGUACUGUUGCGUAAUCCCAGGACCCCUUGGAUGCGUCCAUACAUUCUGAGGGCGAUUCAGGAUCGCGAUAGGGCCUACAGGGAGUGGAGGAGCUCUGGUCAGUCUUCUCACUGGUCUGCUUUUAAAGUUCUUCGUAACAAAGUGAAAACUUUGAUUCGCGAUGCGAAGUCCAAUUACUAUCACGGUCAGCUGAACCCAUCGCAGGAUCCUGCGGUGUUGUGGCGCAACUUGGGCCGUCUUGGUCUAAAGAGGACUUCACACUCAGCUGAAGCUGAUCCUAAUGCUCUCAAUUCAUUUUUCUGCUCAGCUACUCCGCGUCAAGAUUGCCCUUGUCCUCCUCAUCUUUUUACAGAUACUCCGGUGCCUGAAUUUAAUUUUCAGUGCGUGCCCUCACACGUAGUCCUUUCGGCUAUACAUGCUGUGGUGGUUCCCAUCCCUAAAGUGUCUGCGCCCUCCGCUGUUUCUGACUUCAGGCUAAUUAGUAUCCUGCCUACGCUGUCAAAGCCCCUCGAGAUCAUCCUUCUGGAUCAGAUGACUGCACAUCUGGAACGUAACAACCUCCUGUGUGAAUUUCAGUCUGGUUUUCGAAAGAAUCACAGUACUGUCUCGGCUCUCCUUAGAAUCAAUCAUGAUAUUGCUUGGGCUUUGGAUAGAGCCAUGUUUAGCGUUCUGGUCCUUUUGGACUUCUCUAAGGCUUUUGAUAGCAUUUCACACUCCCUUUUCUGUAACAAGCUUCAGGGACUCUUCGGUUUCUCUACGGUGUCCGUCCGUCUUAUACAAUCCUACCUUGCAUCUAGAUCUCAAAUUGUAAGGUCUGGUCAUUCAACCUCGUCUGCCCUCGAUCUUACUCGCGGUGUUCCCCAGGGUUCUCAGAUAUUGUGGGUACCAUUUGUAUGCAGACGAUCUUCAGAUUUACUGCUCUGGAGAUCCGUUAAAUUCAUCUCAAAUGAUGAUUUGGAGAGGAUCUUACACUGGGCCAACAAUAAUGGUCUGGUCCUGAAUGCCAGAAAGUCUCAGGCACUUCUGGUGCACUCAAGAGGAAGAAACCCAAUCUCCUUUCCACUUUUCCUUUCGGAUGAAGAGAUUCCACUCUCUUCCAAGGUGAAAAAUCUAGGUGUCAUCUUUAAUGACACACUGACUUGGUCGGAUCACGUAGCUGAGAUUUGCCGCAAAGUUUUUCUCACUUUGAGAACUUUACGACGGUAUCAAACAUUUACACCCCGAGAAACCAGAUUGCUUCUGGUUAGAGCACUUAUUGUGCCAUUUUUCACCUACGGGUGUGAGUUGUUCUUCAGAGCACAUGCUGAGGACCACAAUCGUCUGAGACUUGCAUUUAAUUCAUGUCUGCGCUAUGUCUUCGGACUUCGCAAAUACGAUCAUGUGUCGGCAUAUAGUGAUUCCAUACUCGGUCUUCCACCGCCCGGUUAUCUCGAUACCCGUGUGGUGGAUUUCAUUUCCAGGGUUCUUUCGACUGGUAGGCCGCGGUACCUCACGGAGCUUGUGGUUGCUGGAUCAUCUUCCAGGUCUUCGUAUCUCCGUGUGCCUGGUUCAGGGAGUCGUAAUUUUCGCAACUCCAUAUUUGUGGAGGGUGUUAUUCCCUGGAAUGCCUUGCCUAGGGAGCGAAAGAGGGGGCUUAUCUUGAGUCAUGUGGCCUCCAUUCACAACUCGUCCUAA